AGAUUAUCUCUAACCACCGAUCAAGACAUAUGCGGUUGUCAUGGAGCUGUCCUCACUGUACACAAGGCGGCUGUCUGGCAGCUACAGCAGCCGGAACAGCUUCAACGAAGAUGCCCUGGAGCAGCUGGAGUUCAACAUCAACGACAUCAGCAGGGCGUCGAGCCCCGCCAGUGUCACCAGUGUCAGUGCCAGAUCUGAAGGUAAGUCUUUACAAAAUAACGCCCCUUCUUUGAGUUCAUGCGAGUGUUUGUUGUUUACUAUUUCUUUUAAGUCAGAGGUGCACGAAUUUUUUCCAUACACGGCGCAUUGCUGAAUACAUUCUAAGUUGCUCUGGCAGCAUCCAGGUUUUUCUAAGUUGCUCUGGCAGCAUCCAGGUUUUUCUAAGUUGCUCUGGCAGCAUCCAGGUUUUUCUAAGUUGCUCUUUCAGCAUCCAGGUUUUUCUAAGUUGCUCUGGCAGCAUCCAGGUUUUUCUAAGUUGCUCUGGCAGCAUUCAGGUUUUUCCAAGUUGCUCUGGCAGCAUCCAGUUUUUCUAAGUUGCUCUGGCAGCAUCCAGGUUUUUCUAAGUUGCUCUGGCAGCAUCCAGUUUUUCUAAGGUGCUCUGGCAGCAUCCAGGUUUUUCUAAGUUGCUCUGGCAGCAUCCAGGUUUUUCUAAGUUGCUCUGGCAGCAUCCAGUUUUUCUAAGUUGCUCUGGCAGCAUCCAGUUUUUCUAAGGUGCUCUGGCAGCAUCCAGGUUUUUCUAAGUUGCUCUGGCAGCAUCCAGGUUUUUCUAAGUUGCUCUGGCAGCAUCCAGGUUUUUCUAAGGUGCUCUGGCAGCAUCCAGGUUUUUCUAAGUUGCUCUGGCAGCAUCCAGUUUUUCUAAGUUCCUCUGGCAGCUCCCAGUUUUUCUAAGGUGCUCUGGCAGCAUCCAGGUUUUUCUAAGUUGCUCUGGCAGCAUCCAGGUUUUUCUAAGUUGCUCUGGCAGCAUCCAGGGUUUUUCUAAGAUAGCGUAUUUAAAAUUCUAACGUAUGCACUGAGAAAUAGCAAAAAUACAUAUAUAAUUUCACGCUUUGUCAAGUAAAAAACCGUUACAAUUUUGAAACGCCAAAAAAUAGUUUGAAAACCUCUAAUUUAAUUAAGAACAUUCUACACCUGAUAUAUCUCCAUCGCGAAACUUUCCACAGUUUCAAAAGGUUAUACAUAGCUUUGUCAUUAACAAGCAACCCACAAUAGGCCUCGAGCUGGACCAGCAAAGAACGUCCUAAAUCCUUAACUCUGACCACAACACGGCUCGUUUGAAACAUUCGCAAGCUAUCAUUGUGUCUGCCUUCUGAUGAGAGUAUUUGCAUAUUCACUUAUGUAAUCUAUCAUUGCCUUCAUCUUAUGAUGAGGAUUUUGGGUUUGUUUCCUGCUGUAAUCUAUCGAUGGCUUCGUGUUUUGAUGAAUUGGUGUUAUUUCCUUCUGUGCAGGAUUUCGUGAACGAAGGCACCGGAGCUCGGGACGAAACGAGGACGNAUCCAGGUUUUUCUAAGUUGCUCUGGCAGCAUCCAGUUUUUCUAUGUUGCUCUGGCAGCAUCCAGUUUUUCUAAGUUGCUCUGGCAGCAUCCAGGUUUUUCUAAGUUGCGCUGGCGGCAUCCAGUUUUUCUAAGUUGCUCUGGCAGCAUCCAAGUUUUUGUAAGUUGCUCUGGCAGCACCCAAUUUUUCUAAGGUGCUCUGGCAGCAUCCAGGUUUUUCUAAGUUGCUCUGGCAGCAUCCAGGUUUUUCUAAGUUGCUCUGGCAGCAUCCAGGGUUUUUCUAAGAUAGCGUAUUUAAAAUUCUAACGUAUGCACUGAGAAAUAGCAAAAAUACAUAUAUAAUUUCACGCUUUGUCAAGUAAAAAACCGUUACAAUUUUGAAACGCCAAAAAAUAGUUUGAAAACCUCUAAUUUAAUUAAGAACAUUCUACACCUGAUAUAUCUCCAUCGCGAAACUUUCCACAGUUUCAAAAGGUUAUACAUAGCUUUGUCAUUAACAAGCAACCCACAAUAGGCCUCGAGCUGGACCAGCAAAGAACGUCCUAAAUCCUUAACUCUGACCACAACACGGCUCGUUUGAAACAUUCGCAAGCUAUCAUUGUGUCUGCCUUCUGAUGAGAGUAUUUGCAUAUUCACUUAUGUAAUCUAUCAUUGCCUUCAUCUUAUGAUGAGGAUUUUGGGUUUGUUUCCUGCUGUAAUCUAUCGAUGGCUUCGUGUUUUGAUGAAUUGGUGUUAUUUCCUUCUGUGCAGGAUUUCGUGAACGAAGGCACCGGAGCUCGGGACGAAACGAGGACGAAUACAGGAGACGAUACUCAAAGGUCAGAGGUGAACUCGAGCAGGAGAAAGUCAGAGCCAGGAUCCUCCACCAGGAGAAGGAGGAGGAGAUAAGAAAAGUGAAGGACGCUCUGGAGAACGAGAGAAGGCUGGCCCUCAUUUCCUUGCAGAACCGACUGGAGGAGGAGAAGAAGAGGGAGGUAAAGAUAGUUAGCUUAAUAUAUAGAUAUAUGUCAUGGCACAAAGAAAGAUGAACGGUUUGAAAGACAUGCAAAGUUAUAUUAUUUAUAUGGACAGGUGAACGGACAAAUAAAUGUACAAACUGAUGGAUAGAUGGGGGUUGGUGGGUUGGGCUGGCGUGAGCACAUGAAAUGUGUUGGUUUCAGUUGUAAAUUCAUGGGCGUAUUGAUGGGCAUAAUGGUGGGCGUAUUGAUGGGCAUAAUGGUGGACGUAUUGAUGGGCAUAAUGGUGGACGUAUUGAUGGGAAUAAUGGUGGACGUAUUGGUGGGCAUAAUGGUGUAGAGAAUUUCCUGUUAAAAAUUGCGGAGAAUGGAAUUGCAUAUUCUGAAAACACAACGCUCUUCGAGUGGUGGUCUCUUUCUUUGCGUUAGUUCCAGACAAACCUAAGCCGGGAAUUAUGUUAUUUAGAUAAACACAUAAUAAUUUCCCAACGUUGCUAUAUUUCACAGCUGGCCCGCCUGAAGGAGGAACUAAUUAAACAGAAAGACUUUGAACUCCAGCAAGUCCUCAUGUACAAGGAGUCCGAGAAGAAGAGUCAAAGCUCGCAUAAGGCGGAGGACAAGGCGGACAAACCGAAAAACAAAAUCGAGGAGCCCAGCCCGGAGGAGAAGGACAAAAACGAGGUGGAUGAAGAUGACGGGGCGUCCGGUGGGCGGGACGGCGACAACGACGUGGCCGUGCUAAGCGAAAGGGCUCGCGCCAAGGACCAGGCCAGGGACGAGCGACGGCG